AUGGGAAAUAUCCGGCAGGCACGGAAAAACAGGUCGUCGGCGCCAAAGCAGAAGCCCAAGCGCACCGGCGUUCUCAAGAGUGGAAAGAAGAAGAUUAAUGUUCUGGGGAAUGCUAUCAUCGCAGAGAACUGGGAUCGCAAACUGACUCUCACACAAAACUAUCGCCGCCUAGGCCUUGUCCAUCGUCUAAACGCCCCGAGUGGAGGUUCCGAAAAGCGCAAAACCGAGAAUGGCUUCGAGGAGCCCGAGGACUCCCUACACAUUAAGGGAAGCGUCGACGCAGUCGUGAAGAAUGCCGCCGUGGGCGAGACGAAGGUCGAACGUGAUCCAGAAACCGGCAAGAUUCUCCGUGUUAUCCGCGCCGACGAGGAAGAGAUCGAGAUCGCGGGGCGCAAACACCGCCGCGCAAACCCGCUCAAUGAUCCACUGAAUGACCUAUCCGAUGAAGACGACAACUUAAACCCGCAACCCAAGAAAUCAGCAAGUCACAUUGUUCAACAGCUCGAACGUCAAGCAAACAAGGAGGGACAGGCUCCGAAGAAGCCGCGGCACCAGAGCAAGCGGGAGGAGGAGUGGGUCACGAGAUUGAUUGAACAACAUGGGGACAACUAUGCUGCCAUGGCGAGGGAUAGGAAGCUGAACCCGAUGCAACAAACGCCAGGAGACUUGCGGCGAAGGAUCGAGAAUUGGAAGAAAACUCAGGCAUGA